AUGGUAGCUGUCGAGCACUAUCCACGACGUCUCCUGCUGCUUUCUUGCGGUUUUCUAAACAUGUCAGCUCUUAUGCUGUUCGUUCUCAGUGCACAGCUUCAGAAUAUAUGGGAUGCGUGUAAGUAUGGCUGUAUCGCUGCUGUUGUACUGCACGGUAUUAGCUACAGCUUUGCUCUGGGCCCAAUAUCGUGGUUCAUUACGGCGGAACUGGUGCCAUUGCAGUACAGGGCUCUAUGCCAAUCGCUUGCACUCUCUUCUAAUCAAGCAAUCGCUUUGAUUCUUUGCUUCGUCACUCUACCGCUGUACGAUAAAGUUGGGUCGCUUGUCCUCCUACCAUUAUUCGUUAUUCCUGGGUUGGCGGCAAUGUUCUAUCUUCUGCUCUACCUGCCGGAAACUCGCUCCAGGAAUAUUGACGAAGUGAUUCUAGAACUUAAGGGUGGAAUCAAGUCUUCUGCAGAACCGAGUCCUCAGACAGCCCAAACGUGA